AUGGCCGACACGAAGGGGGAGGAGUUCCUAGACGCCGGGCAGCUGACGAAAAGGAAGCCUGAAGCGGAGGCUGCGGCCGAUGUGCCGGCAGAAGUCGAGGUGAAGAAGCGGAAGCCAGGGAGUUCCCCCGAUCGGCUUCAUGAAGCUUGGGGAGGAGAAGAAAAUGAGGAAGACAAGCGUUCUCCAAUCGAAUCCAACGGGAAAUCCGCCGCCCCCUCGGUCGACAAGGGUAAGGGUGUGGUGGCUGCGGUGGAUAAAGGGAAGGGCAAGAUGGUGGUAGAGGAAGCGGAAGAGGAGGAGAACGGGGGCGACAACGACGAUAGCGACGAUGACGGUAGUGACGAUGACAGCGGGGAGGUCGUCUUGGGGGAGGAUUAUGCAAGCGACUUCUCAGAUGAUCCGCUUGCCGAGGUGGAUUUAUCGAACAUUCUCCCUUCGAGGACUCGGCGGCGGGAGCCUCCGCUGCCAGGUGCCUAUCUCGUAAACGACGGGGACGAGGAAGAAGAAGAAGACGACGAGGAUGUUUCUGAUUGA